CAAAACAAAUUAUAUUUGUCUCAAAAUUAAUAACAAAUAUUGAGAGGCGAUGAUUCGAAGCCAAUCUGAUCGCUUUCUUGGUAUUAUUAUUACCAUCUAUUUCUUCUUUUACCUUAUCUCCUUACCAAACACUCUCGCUUCUCCCACACGGUCCUUGUGCCGCAGCGACCAAAGAGAUGCUCUUUUGGAGCUAAAAAAAGAGUUCACGAUCCAUUCUAACGACAACGGUCAUGAAACAACAGUUUUGUGGAACAAGAGUGCAGACUGUUGUUCUUGGGAGGGUGUCAUGUGUGAUGCUACACUAGGAGAGGUGAUAUCACUUAAUCUCAUUUCAGAAACUGCCAACACCUCUUUGAAACCUAGCAGUGGUCUUUUUAAACUCCAACAUCUUCGUGAGCUAGAUCUUUCAUUUUGCCAUCUCCAAGGAGAGAUUCCUUCUUCCAUUGGAAAUCUUUCUCAUCUCAAGCAUCUUGAUCUUUCUUCUAACCAAUUAGUAGGUGAAUUUCCGGCUUCAGUCGGUAACCUAAACCAACUAGAGUACAUGGAUCUUUCUGUUAAUGAUCUUAGAGGUAAUAUUCCAACUUCAUUUGCCAACUUAACAAAACUUUCUGAAUUGCACCUCCGUGAAAAUCAAUUCACUGGUGGGAUUAGAGUAUUAGCCAACUUAACCACCUUGUCCAUAGUCGACCUCUCCUUCAAUCACUUCAAAUCCUCGAUUUCUUCGGGCCUAAGUGGACUCCACAAUUUAGAGCAAUUGUGGGUGUAUAAUAACUCAUUUUUCGGACCUUUUCCCUCAUCCUUGUUCACGAUUCCUUCGUUAGUCGAUAUUGUUUUAAGUGAAAACCAAUUCGAGGGAGCUAUUGAUUUUGGGAACACCUCUUCAUCAUCUAAGUUGACAAACUUAGAUGUUAGCUACAACAACUUUGAUGGGCCAAUCCCAGAAUCUAUAUCUAAAUUAGUUAAUCUCGAAAAUUUAGAUCUUAGCCACAACAAUUUGGGAGGACAAGUCCCUAGUUCUAUAUCAAAAUUAGUCAAUCUGGAUCGUUUAUAUCUUAACCACAACAACUUCGGAGGACAAGUGCCUAGAUCAAUAUUUAAAUUAGUCAAUAUAGAAUAUUUAGAUCUUAGCCACAACAAUUUCGGAGGACCAGUCCCUAGAUCAAUAUCUAGAUUAGUAAACCUCAGUUCCCUUGAUCUUUCCUACAACAAGUUGAACGGUGAAGUACCUCAUUGUUUAUGGAGUUCGUCUAAGUUGAAUUCGUUGGAUCUUUCUUAUAAUUAUUUCAACAGCUUCGGCAAAUCUGUGGAACUUGGUACUGAUGGAUCAUUAGAAAGAGACUGGGAUCUUAGUUCAAAUUCACUCCAAGGACCAAUUCCCAAAUGGAUCUGCAACCUCAAAUAUUUUUCUUUCUUAGAUUUUUCCAACAACCAUCUCAAUGGAUCAAUUCCACAAUGCUUGAAGAAUUCCACUGAUUUCAGUAUGUUAAAUCUGCGAAACAACAGUCUAAGUGGGUUUAUGCCAGAUUUCUGCAUGGAUGGCUCACAGUUGCGAUCACUUGAUGUCAGCCUCAACAAUUUUGUGGGGAAACUUCCAAAAUCUUUGAUCAAUUGCGAGGUGAUGGAAUUUCUAAACGUGAGAGGAAACAAGAUCAAAGACACGUUUCCAUUUUGGUUGGGAUCUCUACAACACCUAACAGUUCUUGUGCUCCGGUCAAAUACAUUUUAUGGUCCAGUCAAUAACCCCUCUGCCUAUUUAGGGUUUCCAAGCUUGAGGAUCAUGGACAUAUCCAACAACAACUUCGUUGGAUCGUUACCACAAGACUAUUUUGCCAACUGGACUGAAAUGUCAUCGGUGUGGAGUCGACCUAUCCGCACACUAGAUUAUAAAAGAAAUAUACGUAUACCAGGGUCGAACUACAUGGGGGAUAGAAAAAAUAAUCACAAAGAUUCGAUUGAGUUGGUGUAUUAAGGAGUAGACAUGGAUUUCGUUCAAAUAUUUAAAGCCUUCAAAGCUAUUGAUUUUUCUGGAAACAGGUUCUCUGGACAUAUCCCUGGAUCUAUUGGUCUCUUGAGCGAGUUGCGUCUUCUCAACUUGUCAGGCAACGCAUUCACAGGCAAUAUCCCACCAUCAUUGGCAAUAUCCCACCAUCACAGGCACUUUUCAGGUGAAAUUCCUCGAGGACUCGGAAAACUCUUCUCUCCACCAUCAACUUCUCCCACAAUCAUCUUGAAGGAUUGGUGCCACGGAGCACACAGUUUGGAAGUCAAAACUGUUCUUCGUUCAUGGGUAACCCUGGACUCUAUGGCCUCGAAGAAAUUUGUGGAGAAAAACAUGUCCCCGUUCCUACACCGCGUCAACAGGAUGAGUCUACGUCAGAAUCAGAAGAGCCUAUGUUGAGUUGGAUAGCAGCUGCGAUAGCGUUUGGACCUGGUGUGUUUUGCGGAUUAGUGAGCGGACACAUCUUCAAUUCAUACAAACACAUGUGGUUUAUGGCUGGUUAAGCUCAAUGGUUUCGUCAAGUUUGUACUCUGUCAAGUGUUUGUUAUUUUUUAGUUUUCUAAUUUGUGGUUUUUAAUAGAAUGUUGUUGGUGUUAUAAGUUGUAAAAGGACUAGUAUGGAUUGGUAACUCCUUUUUUUAACUCCAAUAGAGCAUCUCUUUGGCCACAGCGGCACAAGAAGGCCUUGAAGUUUCACAUUGGACAUACAGUUGAUGGUUGCUAAUCGCAUGGAUGACGAGAGCAACAAGCAAAUAGCAAUUGCAAACACUCCGGUUUCACCUCCAAAACAUGAUCGAGUCAUCAAUGUUAUAUUUGGAGGAUAAGAGAUAAGUGGGAUAACUCACUCAGCUGUGAAAAGAAACACUAGAGCUGUCAAGAACUUUCAAGGCAGAAGACACGCUACAUAAGGCGAUAGACCGUCAUACACUAUAACUUUUAUGACUGAUGAGAGCAGCGUAUCCACUCUGCAUCACGAUGAGUUAGUCAUACAGUUGAUGAUUGCUAAUUGUUUGAUGAGGAGAAUAUUAAUCGACAAUAGAAGAUAAACCAACAUCCUUUAUUUGAAAACAUAUAAAAAGUUGGGUCUUGACGAAGGAGGACUGACACGAAAAUCUAUUCCAUUAGUGGGGUUCAGCGGUGAGGUCAAGCAGAGUAUUAGCGAAGUGACACUUCCAGUAUAUGCAGAGGGAGUUAACAAAUACACUAAUUUUUGGUAGUAGAUUAUGCUUCGGCUUACAAUGCUAUCAUGGGACGCCCUUGGAUUCACGACAUGGGAGCUCUUCCAUCGACUCUUGUAACAUUUGUGUUCCGGGAUUAUAUUUUGGAUUAUGUCGAUUAAACCAAAAGAAUAGAUUUUUAAUUGAUUUCGUUUAAUUAAAUCAAAAGCCUUAGUAGUCUUUCUAAAAGUGACGCCUCCUUCUCCUUAUUGUGAAUGGUCGAUACCGGAGUCUCAGAGAAAAAGAAAGAGAGCCUUGGUCGAUUUGGUGUGAAGGAGAAGGAGAAAGAGAUCAACAAAGCUUUAUUUUAUAGAGAAGGAGAAUGAGCAGAAUCAUUAGGGUUUGGGAGGAAACAGUUUUUACAUAUCAAAUCGUUGUCAAAGGUAACGAAAUUUGGUAGAGUUAUUCUCAAUCCUUUUAUCGUCAUUCUCCUUUUUACAGAAGUAGAUUUGGAUUUAAACCCGAUGAGUUAUUGACAGUUUCAUGAGAAACGUUUUCUCAGACGCGAGUUUGGACCAUUGGAUAUUGUAACUGAGAUCGUGGUCUCGUCUGGUUUCUGAUCGGCACGAGAUUUUGUGUGAAGCUUCUUUACGUCUCGUGCUAGCUUUUCACUAGAGGGAUUUGAUAGUUAACGGUUGGUUUUAAUUUUAGGGUUUCGUCUUUGAGACUGUUUUUUUCUGAUGUUUCUAUCCAGUUUGCUUCAAGGUUACUUUUGGUUAUGUGACUUGUUGUAGGACGUUUCUGGACUAUUUCAGACGCGAGGAGAGUUUCUCCUGGUUAUAUUUGUUGUUAGAAUCAGCUUGUUAAGGUGAGUGCGGGACCAUUAGCUUAUCUAAGCAAUUGCGUUGUAUGACUUAUUUUGUGUGAUGAUGUGUAGGUGUGGUGAAUGUGUUAUUGAGUGUUCUAUUUAAUGGCUGGUUUGUUAUGUUUUUAUUUGUGGUUGUACUCCUGAUUAGCUUGUGUGUAUAGCUCGUAGAUGGGAUGAUCGCCUCACUGGGUAUUUCUGGUAAUACGCACGCAUCUCAUUGUGUUUGGGGUGUGCAUGUAUGUGUCGUAGAAUCCUGGCAAUGAGGAGGAGGAUGAUUUAGGGUCUCGGUUGUUGUGUUGUGUUUAUGUUAUUUUAUUGUUGGAACCUUGUUAGAAGUAUGCUAGGUUGCUGGUUUGUAUUAGUUUUAAUUGAUAUGAUAUUUAUAUCGAAAUUGGAGUUGGUUUGGUUUGUCUUCCACUAUGCAUGUUGAUUUAUUGUUUGAGUUGUAAUUAAAUAUUAUGGGGCAUUUAAUUAGAUUAUUAUUAUUAAAGAAAAAAAACGGGUCGGGUUGUUUCAGUUUGGUAUCAGAGCACUUACGGUUCUAGGGCGGUUAAGUAGAUUGGUGUUAGAGUGGUUUUAAAGGAAUUUAAUUUGUGAAAUUUGAUUUUCAUAUAUUUUACCUUGUUUUCCCUUAGUAUAUUCAUAUCUUUUGCAUCAUUUACUAUCUACUUUGGUUGUUAUUGCAUAGUUUUAGGACUGUUUAUGUAUUAGAGUAGAGUUGCAUUGCAUUUGCAUAGUUCUUGCAUAAACAGGUGAUUUUGGAGUCUAAGGAGCAUGGAAGGAAUGCUGAAGAGGAUUGAAGCUAUCAAGAGAAGAAAACAAGGGAGCUAGAGCUGAAGAAUAAAGAUCCGGGAGUCCACUCGACCGCCCACUCGACCAGACACUUGACCGUGUGCGGAGAAGGACUCGACCGGAUGGAAGCAGCAAAAGAGAAGCCCACUUGACCAUGAACUCGACCGAGCACAUGGUCGAGUUGACCAAGCCGCCCUUCUAUUUUGUCUUUUAGCCUUUUUAGGGCUUCCCCUCUCUCCUAUAUAAAGACUCGUACCCUGCAGCCACCAAGGAGAGCAGCCCCUUUUUAGAAAAAUCUGUAAAACCUAGUAUUUACCCUUUUGGAAAUUUUCUACUUUUUGCCUUUCUUUGUUUUAGAUUUUGUAGCCACUUUUGCAUAAACCAUUGAAAUCUUUGAUACUUGUUGGUUCUAUAACUUUCAAAGUAUUGAGAUUUUGAGUUUGAUUU